UUUCAUUUCGGUUUCUGCGGUCUAGUUGGCUCUUUCCGGCGCUAACCCCUACGGACUCGCUGAGACUUGACGUCCAUUCUUCAAAAUUUCUAUUCAUAUCCAAAAUUUUCUCUCCGAUCAAACCCAUUGUGUCGUCUCUCGGAGCAUAUUCUCCUCUUCCGUCAUCCUCUACCAAUCCACCAUUACACAGGUCUCAGCCUCUGUGAUAUGACUCAGCAAAGCUGCAUCUGUUAACACAUCUUGCUCACCUCAUUUUGCAGUGAUGAUACCCAUUCUGUAAACCUUCACGGACAGCUGUACAGGCACUUUGUUCAGUGACAAUUCAAGUUACUAGCUAAAUCUUAGUUGAAUCUCCUGUCGAUCAUAUUAUCCAUCAUCUUUUGAAGAUGAAUAUGCAGCAAGCUGGGCAGACCAAGUCUUCUGUCAAUGGAUUUGGCCGUCAUAAGCUGCAGAAUGCAAAAGCAAAUUCCAUCCGGUUGACAAGUGUAGGUAAUGGGGGAGGGUUUGAAAGCUCUCCACGUGAUCGGCUAUUUUAUGUAACUGCAUGCCUUAUUGGACAUCAAGUGGAAGUACAGGUGUUGGAUGGUUCAGUUUUUUCAGGGAUACUUCAUGCAACUAAUGCAGAUAAGGAUUUUGAUAUUGUUCUGAAAAUGGCUCGCUUGGUAAAAGAUGGUUCUCGUGGACAGAAUUAUACUUCUGAAUCCCUUAGCAAGCCUGCAUCAAGGACAUUCAUAAUUCCAGCUAAAGAGCUUGUGCAAGUUACAUCUAAGGGUGUGCAUUUAACCCCAGAUGAUGUAACAAAUGAGUACCAGCUGGAAAAGCAGCAUGAGUUAAUGACUGAUUCAUGCAUAUCGCAAUCUCGGCCUAUUGAGGGGGAGCGAGAGUUGGAACGCUGGGUACCUGAUGAUGACACUCCUGAGUGUCCUGAACUGGAGAAUAUAUUUGAUGGCCAUUGGAAUAGGGGCUGGAAUCAAUUUGAAGUCAAUGAAACACUGUUUGGCGUAAAGAGCACAUUCAAUGAGGAACUUUAUACAACAAAGCUUGAGAGAGGCCCUCAAAUGAGGGAUCUCGAAAGAGAAGCCUUGAGAAUUGCAAAAGAAAUAGAAGGCGAGGAAACCCAUGAUCUUCACCUGGCUGAAGAAAGAGGAGCUCAACUUCACGGAAACAUUGAAAUUGAUGAGGAAACUCGAUAUUCAUCAGUCUUUAGGGGGGUUGAUGAUAGUGGUUGUGAUGAUUGUGAGGACAUUUUGUUGGAUUCGCGCAAUGAUGAAACAUUUCAAGAUGUCUCUAGUUCAGUCAUGGUAAAAUCGUUGACCAGCAUGAGCAGCAAAAGAUCUAAUGAUGGAGCUCAAGAACCAUCACGAACUUCAUCUAUGGAUGAAGCUCAGUUGUCUCUAUUGAGUACUUGUGGGGAUAUCUCUUUGACUGGUUGUGACAAUCAGGCAAAACAGCUGUCGGCUGAACAUGUUUAUGUUAUGGAUGAUAGCAGGGUUCAUGAGAUUCAGAUUAGUGAACAAACUGGAACUAGUUGCUCUAACACAGAUGUUGGAAAGCAAAUGCCAGCUGAAGAAGGGAGUGAAGUGUUAAAAUCUGAGGAUAUGCCUGAGGGCCAGGGGAAGGUUAGAAGAACGGCACAAUCUGCUAAUUCUUGUACCCACAGUUCAGUUGUAUCUACUUCGGACAGAGGUGGUACUGCCUUAGUUUCAGCUGGUAGUGGAUUAUCAAAUAGCUCAUCUGUGAGUUCAUUGUCCUCAGAAAAAUCAAAUUUGAAUCCACAUGCUAAGGAGUUCAAACUAAAUCCUAAUGCAAAGAGUUUUGUCCCAUCCCAAUCACCUUUAAGACCUGCAUCUCCAGUUUCAGAUGGUUCCUUCUACUACCCAACAAAUGUGACUCCUGUUCAACACAUGCAUGGCAUGCCUGUGGGUGUUGGGAUUGGACCAUCCUAUGCUGGACAUCAGCCGGUUAUGUUUAAUCAUCAGGUUGCGCCAACGCCGCAACCAUAUUUUCUUCCAAAUGGACCUCAGUAUGGGCAGCAGAUGAUAAUUGGCCACCCUCGGCAAGUUGUCUACAUGCCAACCUAUCCUCCUGAAAUGCCAUUCAGGGGAGGAGAUUUUUAACUGGACAAUUGACACAAUGUAUCCUGCAACUUCUCAACGCAUUGCUGACUGAUGUAGGAAUAAUUUUUUACACUAGACUGCUCGGAACAGUUCUUUUGGGUGAACACGGGGAUUGGAUAAUGUAUCCAGCCAACAAUUCUCUAAGCAUUCUGGGCAAUGUGGAAAAUCAGUCAUUUGAGUCAUCAUAUAAUGGUUCUGUAGGAUUUAAGAUCAGUCUAUAGCUUGAUGGAGUCUCUCAAGUGUUCUUUAUCACCGAUUUUAAUCAUCCACAAAAUUGGCUAGGUAGGUUAAGUUUAUCUUAUACCAUGUUGUACAAGUUCAUCUCCCCGGCUAAAGCUGUGGUUGCUGAUGCUUUGCACUUCGACUUUAGUUAACCUUUCUUAUGCUGUUGCUGAAUUUACUUUGUCUCUUACAAGUGUCAUAAUGUAAACAACCGACCCGUCUUUGUUAGAUUAAUUGUGAAUUGGGAUUGGUCAUUUACAAUUUUAUAAUAAUGUUUUAGUAGGAUCGUUAAAUACUGUGUUUCAUUUAUCGACUA